AAACGUUUGACAUUGAACACCUCAAGCUUUGAGCUGAAUGGGAACGCGGUUCUCCAAAAUUGCCCAAAUCUGGAGGAAUUAUCACUUUGUGGAGGAGAAAUGAUGGAUAUGAAGCUCGACUUUAGCUCGUUUCGUGCAAGCAAUGAGGCUAUUCCAGAGCUUGUGUUUGAAUGGGAUACUGUCAGUGCACUGGCGAAUGAGCUAAGUAACCAGAACAAUCCGCUCUCCAAGUGCUUGCGUCGACUUCGAGUCUACCUAACCGAUGAGCGGCCACCGUGGGGAAUCAUCGGUGCCGUCCGCAGCAACCGCCCUACAUUCGAAGCGGAUUUAAGCGUACUUCUGAACAUGUUGGACGUCAACAAGACACUGGAGUAUCUCGAUGUGGUCGUUCCGUUUGGACAUUUUCUCUACCUGAACGACUUUCGAGCGCAUCACUUGAAGCCUAUUGAUCGAUCGCUCAAGUUGCCUACCGAAACUAAGGUCGCGUUCUUGAGUGUUUUCUUGUCUCGAGAAAAUCCGGCAGAAAGGAAGAAAUCUAAGCGGAGAACGACUAGAGGAAUGCAACUGAUGCGUCCAAUCUGUCAGCUGGACCAGCACGUGAUGUCGAAGAUUUUGGCGUUCACUGCCCCUCGUGUACUUCGCAAAGUGUAUUUGCAUGGCCCCCCACGCAACAAUUUUGAAGAACCAGACCAAAUACCUAUUUAA